AUGAAGGUUUCAACUAGAUUAUUAAAACACACGAUCAAGUUUGUCGGGGGACCACACCCUGUUCCAAAACCUCACUCAGCAGGCCCACAUCCACUUGCACCAAAGGGCGUAGUACCAGGAUCCGUUGGCGUUUCUUCAAGUAGUGGCUCCCAAUCGAGGAGUUUCCACCACAGCAGUCCUGUUGAGCCACAGAAUGGCGAAUAUUUCUCAAGAAGCGAAUUGCCAAAGAGAUUCAGAUAUCCAACUAUAAAAGAUUGGGAAAUUGACCAAGUGAGUAGUGGAGGUGCUGAUGUUGUCUUUUGA